UAAGGAGACAAACACCUUCCUCCGCAAGUUAAACCCAUCUCAAUUCUCAACUGUUUCCACAGAGAGAGACAGGGAGAGAUAAUUGCCUUCUUAAAGCUGAUGGGACGUUUCCCUCCUGCCUAUUUCUAACCGAACGAAUUCUUGAAAAAACUCGUCUGGGUCAUCACGGGUCGGUGCCUCCCGCAAGGUGAAGUUGCUCUGUUCGCUCGGCUCUGCUUCCCCCGUUUCGGGUUAGGCGGCGGCUGUGAUGGAGUUCGACGACGGUCGUUCGCCGGCGAGGGUGGUCAACGACAGAAUCUACGUGGCGGUGGGGAGGGACGUGCAGGAAAGCAAGUCGACCCUUUCGUGGGCAUUGGAGAAUUUCGGAGCCGACUUUCGCAUCAUCCACGUUCAUCAGCCUCAUCAGCUGAAUCCGUCUCCACGCCCGUUUCAUGGUAGUCGAUCCAGGGAUCCUCAAGAACUCGCAAGUCAACAGAUGGACAGCAUUCUGGAUGAGUACAUUCACAUGUGUAGCCAGGCGGAGGUUCAUGCUGAGAAAAGAUUCAUUGAGAUGCAAGAUAUAGGAGAAGGGAUUGUGGAACUCGUCGAGCAGCAUGCCAUUACGAAGCUUGUCAUGGGAGCAGCUGCAGACAGACGCUAUUUUGAGGGGAUGACACUCACAUCCACGAAAGCAAAAUUUGUAAACCAGCAUGCACAGCGAUCUUGUUCCAUUUGGUUUGUCUGCCAUGGGCACCGGAUAUACUUAAGGGAAGGUGAUUCAAACACUUCUGACGUGGGCAUCACACCAUCAGUAUCGCAAGGGAGUUCUGUUGCUGAAUCUGGACUACAAAAUGUAAGGAGUCCUCUUGGUUCAGUUCAUUCAAGAUCCAACUCUAGUGAAGUUGAGGAUGAUCUACCCUCAGUCCGGUAUGAAAGGGGUGAGGGGAGUAAUUAUACUUCUGAAUCAAAUUCAGCACGUGCAUAUGAAGGCUCCAGUCAAAACCAACGUUAUACUGGAAUGCUUAAAGCACUUGAAAAUAUACACAAUGAGGAGCUAAGAGUGAGGAAAUAUCUUGAGGAAUCGUUAGCACUACAAAAAGAAGCAUUCGAAGCGCUGAAGAAUCGACAUGAGGAACUGGAGAUGCUGUACGGAGAUGCUCUGAAAGCUAAUUCCGAAAUCUUGGCUAACCAAACAAGCGAACCCUCCGGUGCACAUGGACAGGACUUCAUUUCUGAGUUUUCUGGGUACGAAUUAGAGGCAGCUUUACAGAUUGAGGAAGGGGAGUAUGGGACCACCUUUAGAGGUUCACUUCAUCACACGCAGGUGGUCAUCAAAAUGAUGCAACCCCGCAAUUACCGUCAGGCGGUUCGACGUGUGACGAAGUUGAGGCAUCCUAAUUUGGUAACACUCAUUGGAGUCUCCCCCGACACUCCGGCUCUCAUUUAUGAGUACCCCCCGAAUGGCAGCCUUGAAGACCAACUCGGCGCCAGGGACACCAGCAACCAUCUAUCUUGGCAAACUCGAAUCUGUAUUUGUGCAGAUACGUGCGCCGCUCUUAUGUUUCUUCACUCUUGCCACGGGAUGGUGCAUGGCGAUCUGAAACCGGGAAAUAUUCUUCUUGACUCCAACUUCACGGCCAAAAUAGCCAACUUUGGAUUGCAUUCUGCACCAUCUCAUCCCCCCUCGACGGGAGAGUUGUCUUUUGCCUCUGAUGUUUAUUCAUUUGGUUAUGUGUUGCUGCGGUUACUCACCGGGAGAUCGGCCCUGAAUCUAGAUGAAGUGAUGCAAAAUGCGUUGGAUGGAGAAAACCUAAGUGGCCUGUUGGAUCCUACCGCAGGGCACUGGCCGUUCGAGCAAGCCACCGAGCUGGCUCACCUGGCAUUAAGUUGCCGUGACAUCGACAGCGAUAAUCGACCAGAUCUUGCGUCACGGGUGUGGCCGGUACUUGAACGGAUGCGAACCGAAGCCUCUCUAUCCAGUCGGUCUGGUCCAGAAGAGCCCAGCGAGCCUCCGGAGCAUUUCCUUUGUCCAAUCUCCUACGAAAUCAUGCGAGAUCCUCAUGUGGCGGCAGAUGGUUUUACUUACGAAGCAUCGGAAAUAAGACGCUGGCUUAAUGACGGCCACGAUACUUCGCCCAUGACGAACAAUCCGCUUUCGACCCUCGACCUUUUCCCGAACCAGGCUCUCCGUUCAAUGAUUCAAGAGUGGCGGCAACGCCACAACCUUUAAUUUUGGCAUUCGAGUGUGAGUAUGCUAAGAGAAUGCUGUGGAAUGCUGCAUGGAAUCCAUUUCAGCUGCAUCUCCAUGUCCUGUAAAUGAGAUCAUAUCGUGGAAACUUACAAGGACACCGGAGAGGUGAGAUGGCUUAAGCGAAACGGAAGUCCAAUGGGAUGUUUUCUUUGGACCAUCAAUCUGUACAAUUUAUAUUAUUAUUAGACUUUUAGUUUGUUCAAUUUAAUUCUUAAGUUAUUGCUAAAUGUUCAAUUUCAUCC